UCGGAUUAAUUUUAAUAAAGCUAUUAUACAAUUGCUGCAAGAAUUUUUUAGAAAAUAUUUAAUAGCUUCUUUUAUCAUGAUGAAAGUGAUUUUUUCGUUUGCUUUUUUAUUAUUUUGUCUUGAAGUCAGUGCGAAUUCUGAUUUAGAUAAUCAACUGCUCACUGUCGCUGACAAUGGCAAUAUGGAUGCAGUCAAAGAUCUAAUUAAUCGUGGUGCGAAUGUAAAUUCCCAAGAUGACUUGAAUGAAACGCCACUCCAUAAGACGGCGGAGAGGGGUUUCACAGAAAUAGUCAAAUAUUUAAUUGAUAAUGGAGCGAAUGUGAGUGCUGCAAAUGGAUUUGAAGAAACUUCACUUCAUAUGGCUGCGUUGAAUGGUCACAUUGAAAUAGUCAAAAUUCUAAUUGGAAAAGGUGGAAAUGUGAAUGUGAAAAAUGACCACAAAGAAACACCACUUCAUAUGGCUGCGUUUUAUGGUCACAUAGAAAUAAUCAAAUAUCUGGUAGAUCAUGGGGCGGAUGUAAGUGCUCGAAGUGACAAGAAUGAAACUCCACUUGCAAUGGCUCAAAAUAAAGAUAAUUUGAACACAAUCCAACAAAUUCAAAGCGCCGCAAUGAUAACUUUACAUCGCGCGGAAGCAAUCGAAUUUCUAUUGAAAUUUGAGAAAAUAUCAAAGGCCAAAGUUGCUUGCAGUCAAUUUUCAGUUCAAUUUCCUGAGGACUUAGUAGAUAAACGUUUAACACCACGGGUAUUAGGAGGCGAUGUGGCAGAAGAGGGUGAAUUUCCUUGGAUGGCUGCAUUAUUUUACUUAGACGAUUUAAGAGUAAGAUUUGGCUGCGGCGGCACUGUAAUAUCGGAGUACUAUAUAAUGACGGCUGCACAUUGUACGAAUGAACGUCCGGUAAAGGUUCGGUUGGGAAAGGUUUCUCUAAACGAUACAUAUACCGAUGUAAUCAGGGCCUCAUAUUAUUCUAUAGAAAAUAUCACACGACAUCCAAAUUAUUCAUCCGUAACGAAAAAGAACGACAUUGCAUUGAUACGACUCACAAAAAAGAUUUAUUUCUCCAAUACAAUUAGACCGGCGUGUUUACACACAGAUAUGAAUGAUGUUGAUACAAAACUAAUUGUGACCGGAUGGGGCUCUACUGAUCUUAAUAGAUCCAAUUCUCAUUCAUAUCAGUUACGUAAAAUUGAGAUAAAUACAACGCCGUUAAGGGAAUGCAACAACAUAUAUUUCAAUUCUAAUCAACUGUGGAAUCUGCCGUCUUUUCGAUAUGGCAUUAGUGACGGACAAUAUUGCACAUUCGAUCCAAUUGAAAAAAAUGAUGCUUGUAUAGGAGAUAGUGGAGGGCCAGUUCAACUUAUUGACAAUAAAGAUCCCAAGAAUGUCACAAUAGUUGCUAUCGUUAGUUUUGGUAUGAGUUGUGGCUUGGAUUUGCCCGGGAUUAACACGCGCGUUGCUCAUUAUAUAAGUUGGAUUGAAUCCGUUGUUUGGCCAUAAAAUUAAGAUGUUUUUAGUAAAUAUUUUCACAUUUUAAAUAAAUCGUUGAUAGAAUGUGUAGAAAAUAUAAAUAAUGACAAAGCUCCAUCAGUGACAUUGCACAAAUUUCAUACGUAAAGACUUAGAUAAGCAUCAUUUUACUAUGUGAAGUUGUUCAUUCAAAUGUUCAACAAUAUUCAUAAAAGUGGCGCAUUCUCUAGCGCAUUCUCGAGAAUACACUGCCAAUGUAAAUACACAGCCACUCAUUAUGGUUGAUAUGCCUGCAAUAAAUAAAGCUAGAAGAC